ACCGGAUCAAGAUAAGCCUAUGCUACAAACAGGGCCAGUACAAGAUGAGCCCCUGAACCACCUGGAACAAGAUAAUACCCAGCCACAGUCAAGACCAAGUAAACCUCUAUACGAGCCAGAUCAAGAUAAAUCCCAACUUCAUCCAGGACAAAAUAAGCUUCUAAACCAGCCAGGGCAAGAUAAGCUCCUACGACAGCCGGUACAAAAUCUGUCCUCUACAACACUACAUAGGAGUAAACCUAAAUUAUCCAGUCCAGAUGAUCUGCAACUAGACCAAUAUCAAGCAAAUCAAUCUAAGUACCCUCAGCCAGAGCCACAUAACAAAGACAACGAAGGUUUCCAGAAUCAAACACCUCACACAAAAGAUUCAUCACAUACCUAUCAAGAGAGUGAGUGGACUAAGCAUGAGCAAAGAGACAUUACAUCAGCAUUGCAUAGUCAAGAAUCAACAAAACAAUCCGAUCAUAAGCAAACAAAGAACGAACAAGAAACAAAAGAACAAGUUCAAGAUGUACUAAAAUCAUUGCCUAGUCAAACUGAGGCAACAAUUCAACAAACAGAUAGUUUCAAUAAAUCUCAGCAAGAUAAAAUUUCAGUACAAUCCGACCAAGAUAAACCGACAGAAUUCCAUCAAGAAAAAAUAACUAAACCCACACAAGAUACGACAUCGCCUAAUGUGAGCACUGAUGAAUCUACACCACAAUCUAAUCAAGAUAAGUCUACUAGCAUACCUAAAAACGAUAAUGGUAAUAGUCAUCCUAAUCAAAUAAAACUUGAAACUUUACCUGAUCAUGAAAAACCCGUAACGAAAUCUGAUCAAGGCAAGACUGACACUAAAGUUGACGCGAACAAUCCUGCAUACAAACCUGGUCAAGAUGAGAGUAGUAUCUUACCUCACCAAGAUAAACUUACAAGAUUACCUAAGAGCGAUGAAACAACUAAACUGGAACCUAAAACUAAUGAAGAUAGGCCUUUAGUUAUACCAAAACAAAAUAUUCCUAUAUUGAAUUCGCAUGAAACUAUUCCUACAAUUCAACUGGUAUACACUAAAUCCCAAAAGGAUAAACCUCAUCUAAGUGAAACCCUACAGAAAGCUAACCAAGAUAAACCUUUGUCCAUAAAUAAGCCCUUAAUUAAAUCUGACAAUGAUAAGGAUAACAUAAAUAAACUUAACCUAAAUGAAAAUACAACUAAGGCUCCCGAAGAUAUAUCUGUAAUCAAACCUGACCAAACUGAAUCUACGUGUAAUAAAAGCAAACCUAGUAGUCAUAAACCUAUGUCCGACCAAGAUACACCAGCAAUAAACAUUGGUGACAAGAGAACACCAGCCACACCUUAUACAGACAAACUUGCAUCUGAACCUAAACAAGAUAAUCCAGAUAAAGUGGCUAUUACCACAACUGGCCAAAAUAAACCUGCAACCAUACAAGGUAAACCCAUAUUGCAAUCCAUACAAGACAAGUCUAGUAAGCAGCCAGAUCAAGAUUAUGUUACAAUUAAACCUGCGACUGAACCGUCAGAUGAGCCUACGAAUGAACCUGUUCAAGAACCUAAAACUACUGAAAUACCUGAUCAAAAUAAAUGUAAGGCAGAAUCUGCUCAAAAGGAGCCAAUGAAGCAGCCUCACCAAGAAGUAGUAAAAACUAACAUCAUUAAACCUAACACAAUGAAGCCUCCAACCAAACCUGAUCAAGAACCUAACCUUGCAGUAGUACCUGAGAAAGCUAAACCAACCGAUUCUACUGAAAAUAAACAAUCAAGGCAACCAAAUCAAGACGUGCCUAAGUUCGCACCAAAGCCUGAUCAAGUUGCAACCACGCAAAAACCUAAUCUAGAACCACUACCUAGAGCAAUACCUAAUGUUGAUAAGCCUGCUAUUAAUGCGAAACAAGAUAAACUAGACCAAUCUUUAAUGAAAUCCAAUGAUAAUCAAUCUAAACAUAAAACAGAUGAAGAGCAACCUAUAGUUACUCGUAAGCACCCAAAUUUUAAGAAACCAUAUUCAACCAACGGCGAUGAAGGCCUACAAUCCCAAAAUAGUGAAGAUACUGCACAAAUUACUAGGUCUAACAGUUGGAGUGAGAGGGAUAGUUACUCUGAGAGGCGAGGACGUUACGACCUCUCUCGAAGUAGUAGCAUACAUGGCGUACAACAAGCGAUCGAAACGGAGGUGAACUAUAAAACCCUUGUAGUGAGCGACGGGUCUAACAGCGGCAGAUGCUACUGCUCCUGCGACAUCAACAGCAAGCCAGUCUUCAUCAGCCUGGACCAGCUGCGUGGGUGGCCGACAUUAUAAGACUUUAUUUUUAUUGGAACCUAAACUCUAUUAUAGUAAAAAAAAGAAGAAAUGUGAUAAUUGCAGCCUUGUUCAGUUAGCAUACACUUCUAUCCAGCGAACGACUUGCACGUUUAUACUUGACAAAAAAACACCUGCGAAUGUAAUCUAGAUUUAUCUCUAAAGCCAAUCGAAACACCAAGUAAAAUGUUUGGUAUAAA